AAGCGCGCUCGACCACAAACACACGCAGAGACCAGCUACAACAAGGACUGCCAGCGUGUAGCAGGGAUGGUGGAGUGCUAGGACAGAGAAGCAGAGAUGGAGCUGUUUGCAUCGAUACAGCCAGAGAAGCAAAAGGUCGAUGCAGCCAUCAGCGUCGUGUGCGACAGGCUCGAGCAUGCCACCUUGCUAGAAGAUAGGCGCGCAGCUGUGCUCUCUCUCAAGGGCUUUUCACGCGAGCACAAAGAAGCUGUUGCCGCUGAGGGGCUCAGAGGUCUUCUCAAAAGUCUAUCAUUGGACAAGGAAGAUAGUGAGACGCUCAAGGCCACGCUUGAAUGCCUCUUGCAGCUGUUUGUCGUUGAAGACGGUGUUACUGUCGACGAUACAGCGCUAUGGAUCGCGGAUGAAUUCACCUUGAAAUUUGACAAUGUCCUCAACUUGCUCGACAUUGUAGCUGAAACCAACUUUUACACUAGGCUGCAUGCUCUCCAGAUCUUGUCAUGCAUUUUGGAGUGCCGCCAGGUGCCAUUGCAAGAGUGUAUCAUGAGCAGUGCAACUGGCAUCUCUACGCUUGUCGAGAUUCUGAACGAUCAACGCGAGCAAAUCAGGAACGAGGUCCUUUUACUCCUCGUCAAGCUGGUCAAGAGCCACACGGAGCUUCAAAAACGCGCUGCCUUUGAAAACAUCUUUGAAAAGUGCUUUGCCAUUCUAGACGAAGAAGGUGGCCUUGAAGGCGGUAUUGUCACGUCUGACUGCUUUGCCUUGUUGAGCAACUUGCUCGCAAACAAUGUCUCCAACCAAAACUGGUUUAGAGAGACUGGCUUCCUGCAAAAGAUCACACAGCUCUUCCAAGCGAUUGACAAGGAAGCCACGAUGCCACCAGCCUUGCGGAAGAACCUGACGGCUCUCUUCGAAAUUUGCAGGCUGUUCGUACCGAGGAAGUCAGCAAACAAGGCAACACAGCAAGAUGCAGCCAUGAAAGCAGGUAUCGUGACACAGGCAGUGGCAUUUGCCUUUCAACCGGCUGCAUCGCUCGACAUUCGUGCUGCUGCGCUAUCGACGUUGGCCGACUUGAUGCAUGGUAAUCAAGCCUUGCAAGAGUACUUUUCACAAGCGUCUGCACUUGCCAUGGAUCCCUUGGCGGGACACGAGCGCGAUCCAAACGAUAUGGACUCUCUCUUUCAAAUUCUGCUGCAGGGCGGCGAAGAAACGUUCAAGAUGCGAUAUGCGGCGCUCCUCUGCGUCGAAGCAUUCACGGCUGGCAAUCACACACGGCAGCUAGGCAUCCUACAAAAAGUGAUUGACUCUUACCUGAGCGGCAGCGAGGGCUCUCUUCUCGAAGCGGUUGUUGCGCCUGCUGAGGUCGAUGAAUAUCGUACCUGGUUCGCCUGCUGUGCAUUGCUGCGGCUCACGCGCGAUGAUGAAGAGGCACAAGCCAUGUUUACCGAGCUGACUAUUGGCGACGCUGCUGCAGGCGAAGAAGAGCUAUCGUUCAUUCAGACCAUCUCAGGCAAUCUCGUUGCGAGUCUACAGCGUGAACGUCGACGAAGCGCAGCUGCGUACCUUCAGCUCUUGUGCUGUUGGUUGUUUGACUCGAAAGAGUCCAUCAGCAAUUUCUUGGAGGAAGGUAGCACCUUGCAAGCGCUCUUGGCAGAGUUACAGAGUGAGCAAUUGGAUGCAACGACAAAAGGUCUUUGUGCCAGCUUGCUCAGCAUCUGCUAUGCCUUUGACUUCGAUGAGGCCUCUCCCUUGCCUAGAGCGGCGCUUCAACCGAUCCUGCUCCGUAUUGGGCGGGACAGUAUCGUCGAUGCGAUAGUCACCUUUAGCUUCCUUGAGUCUCUUCGGCGCUCGGCGUUGGCAACUGCACAAUAUGAACAAGCAGUCUUGGAUGAUACGUUCAUUGAAUUCUUUCGCGAUGGGUACGGCACGAUUCGUAAAGCAAUCGAUAUUGAGCCCAUUCCUCCGAAGCGGCGUUCUAGGGAAGCGCAAGAAGAGCACGAAAAGAGUGAAGACAUCAUUUCUGACCUGCAGGAACAGCUUGAAUUCAAGAGCACAGGUUUAGCGGAAGCUAUCAAUCAUUUGCGAACACGGCAAGAGGAGCUUCAGCGGCAACGGGAAGAGCUCAAGUAUCUGCAGCAAAAGCACGAGUCGGCGUUGAGCAGUAUCCAGAAAGAGCUUGUCAAGGAGCGUGAAGAGGUGGUGAUUGCCAAGGCAGAAUUGACUCAAGUUCAGCAACAAGCAGAUGCAACCGUGGAAGAGUCUGCGGGACUGCGAAAUGCGUUGCAGGUGGCUGCGAAAGAAUCUGCCGCUGAAUUGGAGAAGCUCAAGGAACGUUUGACCACUGCUACGGGCAAGCUCGAAGCACUCGAAAGCGAAUUGGAGAGCGAGGUGUCUAAGCGUCAAUUCUUGGAGCGGGAGUUGACGACGGGUCGGACCUUAGCCGAGCAGGAACGAACGCAGGCUGCCGAACGUCUUGCGGCUGUCUCUGCUUUGGAAGAGGAAGUGAAGAAGCUACAGGCGUCACUGGCCGCAGCUGAACGACGUGCGACUGAUGCCGAAAAAGAAGCAAGUGAAGCACGCAAGGAGAAGAAAGCGGUCGAGCAAGAGCUUUCUACGAGCAAGACCAGGGCUCACGAUUUGGGCAGCGAUUUGAAGGGUGCUCAGCAAGCUGCCAAGGCUGCAGAAGAAGCUCAUCAACGCGAGCUGGCCAAGCUCAAGCACAGGCUCGAGGCAGCAGAGUCAGCCACAGCCAAAGCGAAGGAUCAAAAGGUCGACGUAUCGGCUGUAGCAUCCCUUGAGAAGCGGGUUGCAAAGCUGGAGGAAGAGAAGGGGUCGCUUGAAGCUGAGAAGAAGAAGCUUGAAGAGCAGCUCGCAACAGCCACAGAAAGCAAAAAGUCAGACAAGAAAGACGACGUCUCAGCCGCCAAGGUUAACGACUUGGAGAAACAAAUUGUGGCAUUGCAAGACGAGAAGGAGCAGCUCAAGAGUCAAUUAGAGCAGGCUCAAGAAGACUUGAUGUUGCUCAUGGAGGACGACGAGAAGAAUGAAGACGUUGACUAGAAAUAAAGAAAUGUGUACAACCAAUGUCAAGACAGAAAAACAGACGCCAAUACCAAAGGCUCAAUACAAGAAAUGGCUCAGUCUUCGUCCUCACUGCUUUCGUCGGCGGGGGCAGUAGCAAGUCCGGUGUCAGGCGGUGACUCUUCCAGCGUGGACUCGAGCAUAUUUGCAAGGUCAUCGAGAUCAUCAUCGUCAUCAUCUUCUUCAAUCUCUGUUGCAGGCGCAGACUUGCUAGAGGCAUCGACUGGCAUUGUACCUUCAUCAGAAUCAUCGCCAUAAUCAAGCUCGUCUUCCAUGAUGUCCGCACGACGAGCAGCAAUGACUGGAGCCUUUGUUUUUGCUUUCGACUUUGGUUUAGGCUGCGCCUUGGCCUUUGCUUUUGCAGGAGCAGUCUUCUUGACCUGAGCCGUGCCCUUUGUUGGCUUUGCUGCAGACUCAGGCGGAUCGGCCACUCCGG